GGAAAAGUAAAUUUUAAAUGCGAGAUGGGGGGAAAAGAAUAAAGCAAAGCAUGGCAAAUAGGGCAAACCAUAGCGGAAAAGCGAACCAUAGCGAAAAAGCGAACCAUAGCGAAAAAGCGAACCACAGCGAAAUAAGCAAACUAUAGCGAAAUAAGCAAACUAUAGCCAAAAAGAAAACCACUGGCAAUAAGCAAACCACUGCUAAAAAGCAAACCACUGCCAACAAGCAAACCACUGCCAACAAGCGAACCACCACCAACAAGCGAACCACCACCAACAAGCAAACCACCUCCAACAAGCAAACCACCUCCAGCAAGCAAACCACCUCCAGCAAGCAAACCCCAUGCGGAAAAAACCCGAGGCUUUUACCCCAAAUGAUCACCACAUUUUUCCCCCUGCUGGUCGUGCUCCUAAAUAAUAUGCUCACGUGCUAUCCAAAGCGACUCGCUCACUCCGUGUAUGCUGUAGCGCCUAUAAAUUCGAAGAGGAAAAUGAACUAUUUGCUGAAAAAAGAAGAUUGCUACUUUUACCGUCAGAACCUUAAUUUUUUUUCCAAAGAAUUCGAGAAAAAAUUAAAAAAGAAUAAGAAAACGAAAAAUGAACUGGGAAUGAAGGAUAGCAUUAUGGAUAAGCUAUCUUUCUUGCCAACCCAAGGUGGCCACAAAAGCUCCAAUUUCACAAACACGAAAUGUGACACACAGCUUAGCAAUAACUUCUCCAAGGAACUUAAUUUUGUAACCAAGUUGCCUUGCACCUUCUUAAAAAAUAAAGUCACCUUUAACUUUUUUAACAUGGCAAACAGUGUAUAUUUGAAAUAUAAAAUUAAAAAAAAUAUUCUUUUCUCCUUUAAUAAAAAGGCCUUCUGCUCAAGUGGAAAACAUUCCAUUUUGACAAAUUAUAAAAUUAUUAAACACCCAGAUAAGGUAGAAAGUGAAGAUUGCUGUUUGAAUGGGAAGGGAUUUAUGGCCAUUGCUGAUGGUGUAGGCUCAUGGAUCAGGCAUGGAGUAAAUCCGAGAAAAUAUCCCGAAAAAUUUUUACAACUUUUACAAAAAAAAAUGGAUGAAAAUGAAAAUAUGAAAAUUGAAGAUGUGCUCAACUAUGCCUAUCUAAAUAAUGACAUCGAAGGAUCAACCACCGUUUGUCUAAUUAUCUUUAAUAACAAUAGCACCAUCUCCACGGCUGUCAUUGGAGACUCCCAAUUUAUUCUCAUUCGAAAUGAUAAUAUCAUUUACCGCUCAAAACCGCAGCAGUAUGAGUUUAAUUUCCCCUACCAGUUGGGAAGUAAUGAAGUGAGCAAGCCAAAUGAUGCUGACAUUGCCCACAUAGAAGUAAAAAAAAAUGACAUCAUCGUUGCAGGGUCGGAUGGACUGUGGGAUAAUUUGUAUGAUAAUCAAAUAUUAAAUUUGGUCAAGCAGAAUAACUUUUCCUCCCUGUCGGAGAAAAUUGCCAAUGAGGCCUUUAACUACUCGAAAAUGAAGCGGUGGAUGUCUCCCUACAUAAACAACUACAACAAGGAGUUUAAGUGCCACAAAACGGGCGGCAAAAUGGAUGACAUCACUGUUUCCUGCGCGCUCAUAUGCUGA